AUGACUGAUAUAGUGCCGCCCCCACCGAAUGGAUCUCUCAUGCUUGCAUGGCAAGUAAAAAACAAACAUGUACUUGUUGUUGGAGCUGGAGAUGUUGCACUUUCUCGUGUAGACCAUCUCUUACAGGCAAAUGCCAAAAUUACCGUUGUCACAGGUGAAAGCGUGCAUCCGAUUUUGAGGAAGUAUCAUGAGAUGGGGUUAUUGGAAGAUUUGGUCGUGCGUAAUUUCAGAUUAUCAGACUUGAAACUAUAUGAACCAAAAGACAUUCGUCAACGUGUUAUGGAAUUAGACAAUGACAAUGAUGAAUCCGAUGAAGAAUAUGAAGUUUUGUCUGAAGAAGCAGUCAAGCUUAUUGAAGAUUUUGAACAGUGUAAGUUCAAGAUGGUUCUAACGUGCAUCAAUAAUUAUCCGUUGAGCUUGAGAAUAUGGCAAAAAUGCAAAAGUCUCGGAAUCGACGUGAAUCUUGCUGAUAAGCCAGCAAAUUGUGACUUCUAUUUUGGUUCUGUUUAUAGGCAAGGGCCAUUGCAAAUUAUGAUAAGUACUAAUGGUAAGUCACCCAGGUUGUGUAACAGGAUCAAGACUAAGAUGUUGAUCCCAAUGUUUGAAGACCUGGACCUUGAACAUGCUGUUGAGAAUCUCGGCUACUUGAGGUCCCAGCUACAAAAGGUAUAUCAUCCAGGUGAUGAUACUAAAGUUAUAAAGGAAAGAAUGGAAUGGAACAGGAAGAUCACGGAUUUUUACACCAUUCAAGAUUGGUGUGCUAUGAAGCAUGAAUCGAUCGACAAAAUCUUGAAACUAUACCCGGAGUUCCCCUCAGUUGACACACUGAAAUAA